AUGGCACGGAAGAUUUCAGUGCGAGCCGCAAAUAUGUGGAGAUUCGAAAUGACGGUAGUAACUGUCACCGCCCAUGAAGGAAGUCCACCGCCUCUACUGCAACUAGAUAUCACACCUGGUAAGGAGAUGCAAUCAACCACUACGCAUGUCAUCUUAAGCAUUUCCACGUCGGAAUAG